UUCGUUUAAAAAAAAUGAGUUUGUUGGUGCAAUUCGACGAAUUCAAGGGGCACAGCCAUGAGCAAUUCAUGGAAGAGCUGGACACAAUUAUGCUGGUUUCCAUCAAUAAAUUGCAUGACAACAUGGAUCUUCGUCGCCGUCUUUUGAUUUACUCGGUAUUCGGAAAAGUGUUCCAACAUAGGAAAAUGGGCAUUUUGGCUCCCCACGGGCAAGAGGAAACUUUCUAAUUUUUAAAGCAUUUUUGAAUGAAUAAAAUGUGGAAACUUGUAA